AUGGCAAGUGCGAAUCUGGAGUAUAACAAGCUGUACAUCGUCUCCCAAAAGGAAUACAUCAAGCUCAUCGGGCUCACGUCAGGCCUCAUUAUUGAAUACCACAAGAAGCUUGACAACUACUGCAAACGCCGGGAAGAAAAGAUGAUGCUGCUCGUCAAGAUCGAGUCGGCGCGGAGCCGAUACCUGCCCACAAACGCCAGCCCUCGAAUGCGCCGACGGUGGCGAUGGCGAAGGCUCCGGCUCAAGAUCGAGCACUUUUUCCGCUUCGGAGAUUUCAAGAAGGUGGUUUCAUGGCUUGAGAGGAUCGCUGCUCUGGUGAUGCUCAUGUACGGCUGGGGAUGGGUGUGCAAGCUGGCGUGGCACGGCCUGUGGGUAGGUCCGCAGAAACUAUGGGCAGAAGCGAGGGAAUUAGUCUAG